ACACACACACACACACUCCCUGGGAUCAGCUGCGCGCUCGCAGUAUCCGUGCACGUCCCUUCCCCCCGCGGCCUGGCUGCUGAUGAGAUGAGUGGAAGAUGUCGGUGUCGGGGCUCAAGGCCGAAUUAAAGUUCCUGGAGUCAAUCUUUGAUCCAAACCAUGAGCGAUUCAGAAUAAUCGACUGGAAACCCGAUGAACUGAGCUGCCAGUUUAAUGUGACAGGAGAAAAGCUGCUAAUUAUUCACUGCAACAUCACGGAGUCUUACCCUUCAACGCCACCAAUAUGGUUCGUUGAUUCCGAUGACCCAAGUCUGACCGAAGUCCUUGAACGGCUAGAGGAUGUCAGAAGAGGCAAUACUUUGCUCCUACAGCAGCUGAAAAGGCUGAUCUGUGAUUUAUGCCGACUCUAUAACCUGCCCCAGCAUCCUGAUGUGGAGAUGCUGGAUCAGCCUCUUCCUGCUGGACCCAUCAGUCAAGACAAGAAGCAUGGAACAACUGAUGAAGUGACAUCAGAAGAGGAGGAGGAAGAGGAAAUGGCAGAGCAGGAUAUUGAAGAUCUAGACCACUAUGACAUGAAAGAGGAACCGGUCGAUGGGAAAAAGUCGGAGGACGAUGGCAUCGAGAAGGAGAAUCUGGCAAUUCUGGAGAAAAUCCGAAAGAACCAGAGGCAGGACCACUUGAACGUAAGUGUCCAUUCGGGUGCAGUGUCCGGUUCAGUUCAGGCCUCUGACCGCCUCAUGAAGGAACUCAGGGAGAUCUAUAGAUCACAGAGUUAUAAGACAGGUAUCUAUUCAGUGGAGUUAGUCAAUGAUAGCCUGUAUGAGUGGCAUGUCAAGUUAAGGACUGUUGACCCGGACAGUCCGUUACACAGCGACUUGCAGGUUUUGAAGGAAAAAGAAGGCAUGGACUACAUUCUGCUCAAUUUCUCUUAUAAAGAUAACUUUCCUUUUGAUCCUCCCUUUGUACGGGUUGUGUCUCCUGUCCUGUCUGGAGGCUAUGUUCUUGGAGGAGGAGCCUUGUGUAUGGAGCUACUCACAAAACAGGGCUGGAGCAGUGCCUACUCAAUAGAGUCAGUCAUCAUGCAAAUCAAUGCCACCUUAGUCAAAGGGAAAGCCAGAGUGCAAUUUGGAGCAAAUAAGAAUCAAUACAAUCUUGCCAGAGCACAACAGUCAUACAAAUCAUUGGUUCAGAUUCAUGAAAAGAAUGGCUGGUACACACCUCCUAAAGAAGAUGGCUAGUAGAAGAAUCGCUCCACUUGCACACUGCAAACAUGGGAUGUCUGGUCAAACCUUUGCUUUAUUUUACUAAUGUUUUUCACCUCUUCAGCUUGAGACGUGUAAGUUGAAACCAUCAAGGGGACACGUUCUCUCGCUGUCUGGAAUGCUCGGAAAUUUGCAUCGUCCUUUAUCUCCUGCAAGGCUGGACUCUUUGACCAUAUCCCGUGACAUCUGGAUUUAUGUCUGUUUCUCAUGCGUCUCUCUCUCUCUCUCAUAUUCAUAUUCAUUCUUUCUUUCUAUACUGAUGGGACUUUAAGAGCCUUGGUACUAAUAAGGCAUCUAACAUGGCGUCAAAAUGGUCUGAUCAGAGAAAGAUGUGUUUUUCUUUUCUUUCUCUACUUUUUGUUGCUUCCUCCUCACUUUUACUGGAGCAUGGCUCUGUUCAGGAUUAUUACAUAGAUGGAGAUGCCCAAUGAAGAUGCUGGAUCUGAUCCUCUCUGUCUGCUUUUAAAGGACGUUCUUAUGGCCAUGGACUUUAAAUGAUGGUUUACUGAACUUAAAACAGGAUAUGGAUGCAACUAGAGACAAUGUGAAGACAAUGUGCCACUGCUCUUGUAUCUAUAGAGACCCCCACCCCAUGCAUUUUGAGUUAACAUGUACUGGUACAUUAAAUGCUGAUGUUGUUGAAGAAUCAUUAUUUGCCACAAUUAUAUGCGCAAGCUUCUUAAGCAACCCCUGAUAUUAAUGAUAACGUCGAGGACGAGAAGAAAGGGCGUUUAUACGACUCUAGCUCCAGAUCUCGUUCGGAUGAACUCCACUCAGUUUCCUUGCGCUCGCUUUUAGCAUGUGGCUGAUCUGAACAAUAAUGGACAAAUGCAAGCUUUGGCUUUGAAAAGGCGAAGUGGAUCUUGCCGUGGCUCCAUAGUUGAACAGAGCUCCACUUGUAUACUUGUAAAUGGAUUUGAGGCGUCUUAAAUGUGGUGUUUAUGUGAAGUGGGGGAAUUAUCAGAGUUGUUUUCACCUGAGGACUUUUUUGGACUCGAAAUGGGGGGAAAAGGUUGAUGUUUCUCAAAAUAACUGGGGUAAUAUCUUAAAAAUUGUAUUUAUAUAAGUGAUAUGAACAUAACUCUUUUUUUUUUUUUUGUUCCCACCCUUAAUUGUUAUUUCCUGUUUUGAAAGAUGUUCAUAAUUUCUGCUCCAUUAAAACAGCUGUUACAGAUUGAGACAUUUGAGGUUUACAUUACUAAUGGACCUCUCAUGAUCAGCAGUACUUAAACCGAGAGUUUUUCAAUACUGUCAGUUUUAUUUUGUGAGCAUCGAUGGAUUCAAGAGCGCAAAUAAUACUCUUCUCAUAGCACAACACUAAAAGAGCACUGUUUCUUUCCAUGCCCGAUGGACAAAUCAUACAAAACUCAAGGCAUUGUUUAUUUUACCUCUCGGAUUUCAACGUCCAGUAUAAAGUCUUAACGUUACCGGCGAAAGAGAACUGGUCAAAAUACACCAUACCUCCCUAUUUUUUUUGUCUUUGUUUUGGACUGUAUUAUAAAACUGGCUGUCGAAGGCUCGCGCAUGUGAAGGCGUCUUGCAGUUUCCAUUUAAAAACUCAGGAAAAUCCAUUUUGUUAGAAAAUGCUUUUUCGGUCCGUUUGCUCUACCUAUCCACUUCAAGGACUUUCUUUAGUUCCCGAAAGCAAAGAAGGAUUGUUUUAACAGCUUCCUGUGGCCUCUAUUUAGUGUUUUAUGAUGGGGCUUGGUUCCAUCGUAAGAAGUGUUAAAGGCCAUAUGUGAUUGGACGACUCUGGCUAUAAAAAUGCAUCAGAUUUCCAUUGUGUUUACUGAAUUUGAGUGCUCAAUCAAAUGUAACUUAUGUUUUUGUUGUUUCUCACCCCUCUGACUUCAACUUUUUCCAGUUGUAAAUAUUUUGGGGCAUUUGGGUUUAGUAUUUGCACAGAAUGUUGUGAUUGUGCCUCUUGGAUCAGUCCUGAGUUUGAACUUCCAUAACAGGCAGGCUCUUGGAUACGUAUUCCGUAUUAUCUUUAACAUGGAUGCAAAUGUAAUCUUUUACUCCAAUCACAUGUAAAUGUAAUUCAAGAGAGCCAUUACAGCAGGAAUGUCUUGAGUAACUCAAGGGUCUGCUUUGCGAGUAAUUGCUGCUGUCUUGUUUCAGAGAUGAGCUCGGUCUUGGGUUUUCAUCGGUGAGAUUUGAAAAGGCAGACCUUUCCGACUGAUGUUCCUUUUAGGGGGUUAUUCAUCUCAGAAGUACAUCUGCGUUCUCUGAGUUGUUGACUUGGGCUUGUCUGCGUUGACCAAGAUUUCUGUGACUGAUUAGUCUUUCUUCUUUCCUUGUCCGAACAGUAAUGACUUGUUUGUUUUUUGUUUUCACACCGAACGUGAACCUCACAUUAACUAAUAACAAAGCUCGUCUCUGGUGCCAUUUCACGGAAUGGUUCUUAAAGCUCACACUGUUGGCAUGCUUUCUGGGGUGUUUUUUUUUUUUUUCGUUUUUUUUUUUUUUUUUCAUUAUAAGAGAAUUUUGACCAUGUACAGUAUAUUUGUAAACUUGCAUCAAGUUUAUGAAUAAAGAAUUUUACGAGGA